AUGGCGGAGGCCUUGUGGCGCCUGCGGGGUGGACGAACACGUCUCCUCACAGCCAUCGGUGAUGACGCUGAUGGACAAUACCUUGAUAAUAUUGCACCUGGUAUGCUUUUAGAUGGUUGUAUCAUUAAGAACGGUUGUACACCCUCAUACGCAGUCAUGUUAGACUCACGUGGAGAGUGCCUUAUUGGUCUAGGAGACAUGGAACUACACAAGCAUAUCACUCCAGAACUCGUAAACAAGCACAUAAAAGUUUUUGAAGACGCUUCGCUAAUAGUUCUCGACGGCAACGCUCCUCAAGCCACUAUCGACCAUGUAUUGGCAUUGUGCAAACGACUUAAUAAACCAGGAAUAUGUAAAGUGGGCUGUAUUGCCAAAGACUACAGGCCCUAG